CAUAUAUUUGAUUUUCAAAUAAUCCAUUGAGCCGUGUGAAAAUGAAGCGGGCGGUUGUUUUGUUCUCAGCCCUGGUGUUGGCAGUGUACUCACUACCUUUCAGUUUACCAGAGCCCGGGCAGCUGGCCUUGUUACUUAGUGAAGAUGAUUUUGAAGACUAUUUGGACACAUGGCUUGAAAUUGAAGGAACAAAACAGGCAAAUAUCCUAAGAAGUUCAAAUCGCAAUGGUUGUUCAAUAAGGGUUAACGGAGAUCUUGGCCAACCCCAGCCAGUAUACUUACAAGGAAACAAUUACCUCAUACCCAGUGGUAAUACAGGAAUCAUUCACCUUAAUACAGGUGAGCAGGUGUACCUAGCAUGCACUGGCUCCAACCGCCUUCUUAGGCAUCCUAAUAUAUCUGCCUCUACUGCUACCGGCACUGCAACAUGCGUGAACAACUCAUUAGUAUCUGGCGCUGGAUGGUUAAAUGGACACGGAGAGUUUGGUCAGAUCACAUGUUCUUCGCAUUCGGAGCAUAAUGCUGAGGGGACGCCACAAAGAUGCUAUAAUAAUAAUUUAGUUAUACGGGUGGGCUUCAUUGUUCAUGGAGUUUUCUAUCCACUGUACUGGUCUUGCUUUGAUCAAUAUCGUUUAGAAGUAUUGUACGUGUGGUAUGAACAGAAUCCUCAGAACGCCGCACAUCAAACCAGCGUGGAUCGACCUAAUUGGUUAGCUGGCAGUUUCUUCCCUGGUGUGUCGGUCAAUAACAUGUACACGCAAGCUCAACAAAAGACCACUAUCGCCAAACUAGUAGGCACUGAUUUGGCCAACAAAUAUAUUACAAGUACACAAUAUCUAGCCCGCGGUCAUCUCGCAGCUAAGACAGAUUUCAUUUACGCGACCGGACAACGCGCUACGUUCUACUUUAUUAACUCUGCCCCCCAAUGGCAACCAUUUAACGCUGGGAACUGGAACUGGCUUGAACAAAAUCUUCGUAAACGUAUCGGAGAGGCGGGCUACAAUACCAUUGUAUACACGGGAACAUUUGGCGUUACACAGCUACGUGCCCAAAACAACCAACUUGUGGACAUUUACUUGUAUUAUGACGUCAAUAACAAUCCUCAGAUUCCAGUGCCACUUUACUAUUAUAAGGUCGUGUACGAUUCUUCUCGACGUAUAGGCACUGCAUUUGUCGGCGUCAACAAUCCAUAUUAUACUGAAUCAGAGAUGAGGACUCUGCAGUUCUGCACCGAUCGGUGUAGGAAUAAUUCUGCAUUUAACUGGAUCGGCUGGCAACCCGACCGUAUCGACCUCGGCUACAGUUUCUGUUGCACAAUUAAUGACUUUAGAAGAGUGGUUCCCCAUCUACCUAGCUUUACUGUAAAUGGACUAUUGUCAUAAAAUGUCAAAUAUAAAUUACGAGAUUAUGUUUGAUUACGUUCUGGUAAUCCAGAAGGAAACUUGGUUUUCAUAAUUUUAAAAUUUGUUUUCAAUGGGCCGACUCUACAUAUAUCCCAAUUCUACAUAAUUUCUAACUCACAAAAAUCUAUAUUACAUAACAAAUAGAAAUACAAUAAAUGA